AUCUACUGCCUUUGUCUGAUACAUUCAUCUAAAGUGGCGAAAGAGGGUCCGCGUAAAGGAGGGGGCUGAGGCUUUUACAAACCAACACGAGCGAGCCAAGUCCUUCAGUCCCGGGCCGUGCGCGCGUGCGAACGCAUCGUGUUGUUAUUAAAAAAAGCUGGGCACAGGAAACCCGCAGUCUCCGAUGGUUCUGCUGUCUCUCAUCCAUGCGCAGAACCCAAACCCAGCAACCCCGCACCUGCUAACCAACACCACCGGGAUAUAAGAGAUACUAACACACGGAUGGAUGGGACAAAAGCUGGAAAACGAGUUCUGGGGAAAGCAUGCGUGCUGAAAACAUUUAAGCAUUUAUUGCUUUGAGAGCACUUUGUUCUGACCUCGAGCUCACGGUCAUGUCUGACACCUGACAAAUCCUGCGUCCAUUUGCAACUUUCCGAAGUUCCCCUCUCCUCGGCUGGAUACACCUUACAUCGUUUCUUUCAGUUGUUCUGUGCGUAAGAAAGACGAGACGGCGACUUCAGUUGAUUACCUGUCUUUUCUCUGUUAUCCGAUGGAUAUUCACUGUAAGGCAGACCCCUUCUCCGCCAUGCACCGGCACGGGGGAGUGAACCAGCUGGGCGGGAUGUUCGUGAACGGAAGGCCUUUACCUGACGUCGUGCGCCAGAGGAUCGUGGAGCUCGCGCAUCAAGGGGUCCGACCCUGUGACAUCUCCAGACAGCUGAGGGUCAGCCACGGCUGCGUCAGCAAGAUCCUGGGCAGAUAUUAUGAGACUGGCAGCAUAAAGCCUGGAGUCAUCGGAGGAUCCAAACCUAAAGUGGCCACGCCGAAGGUGGUGGAUAAAAUAGCGGACUAUAAACGGCAGAAUCCCACCAUGUUCGCCUGGGAGAUCCGGGACAGGCUGCUGGCGGAGGGCAUCUGUGAUAACGACACGGUCCCCAGCGUCUCCUCAAUAAACAGGAUCAUUCGGACGAAGGUUCAGCAACCGUUUCACCCCUCACCAGAUGGGACGUCUCUUUCCACUCCAGGACACACUAUAGUCCCCAGUACAGCAUCUCCUCCAGUCUCCAGUUCCUCCAAUGACCCUGUGGGCUCCUACUCAAUCAACGGCAUUCUGGGAAUCCCUCGCUCCAAUGGAGAAAAGAGGAAAAGAGAUGCUGACGGUUCUGUGGGUUCAGCACAGAGCAGUGAUUCUCAGGGCAGCGUGGAGAGCCUGAGGAAACACCUGCGAGCCGAUGCCUUCACCCAGCAGCAGUUAGACGCCCUGGACCGAGUGUUCGAGAGGCCGGCAUUCCCAGACGUCUUUCCCACUCCUGAACACAUCAAACCGGAGCAGGCGAGUGAAUACAGCCUCCCUGCAUUAAACGCAGGCCUGGAUGAAGCCAAACCCAGUUUAUCCUCCGGCACGACCUCUGACCUGGGCGUCAGCGUGUCACAGAGCUACUCUGUAGGUCGGGAUAUGGCCAACACGACCUUACCUGGAUAUCCCCCUCACGUCCCUCCCACUGGGCAGGGCAGCUACCCGACGUCCACACUGGCUGGAAUGGUUCCUGGGAGCGAAUUUUCAGGGAAUCCCUACAGCCAUCCACAGUAUACCACCUACAAUGAAGCCUGGAGAUUCAGCAACCCAGCAAUACUGAGUUCCCCCUAUUAUUAUAGUGCAUCCCGAGGCUCCGCCCCCCCAACUGCUGCCACUGCCUAUGACCGCCACUAGUUACCACAUUAACCAAAUUAGGCGGCACGCCCAUGGACUCGGACUUCAUAUUCUGCCAGUGUGAGCAGAGCAGCUGAUUGGACAUAAUUCGGUCACAUGAUGAAGAACAGACCAGUCAGGAACAAAAACAUCUCAACGACAAUUCAGCCAUUCUCACGAGUCCAGAAGACUCAACGAGGGAAAA